UGUCGGAGGGGGGAGGGGGUUCAGGCCGGGUCAUGAGGAGCCGCUCGGCCGGGCUGCCCCUUCCCUCCCCUCCCGCCAGUGACGAUCCCUUGCUCCCCCUCUGUGCAUCCCCAGCUCUUGCUGAAGCGGGCCCUUCUUUUGCCUCGGCUGGGACUGGAAGCUGAUGGAGGCGGACGCUAACCAAGCCAAUUCGGUGCUCAGUGCAGACUCUCAGCACGAUCCCUGCAAAAUGUUCGUCGGGGGACUCAGCUGGCAGACCACACAAGAAGGUCUCAAGGAAUAUUUCUGUAAAUUCGGAGACGUGAAGGAGUGCAUGGUGAUGCGGGAUCCUGUUACAAAGCGGUCAAGAGGAUUUGGAUUUAUCACUUUUGUUGACCAAGCGGGCGUAGAUAAAGUUCUAGCGCAACCCAGGCAUGAACUAGAUUCUAAAACGAUUGAUCCUAAAGUGGCUUUUCCACGUAGAGCGCAGCCAAAGAUGGUGACCAGAACAAAGAAGAUCUUUGUGGGCGGAUUAUCUGUAAAUACCACAGUGGAGGAUGUCAAGCAGUAUUUUGACCAGUUUGGAAAGGUAGAUGAUGCAAUGCUGAUGUUUGACAAGACAACCAAUCGACAUCGAGGCUUUGGGUUUGUAACAUUUGAGAGUGAAGAUAUCGUGGAGAAAGUGUGUGAGAUUCACUUCCAUGAAAUCAACAACAAAAUGGUGGAGUGUAAGAAGGCCCAGCCCAAGGAGGUGAUGUCACCAACAGGGACCGCCAGGGGUCGUUCUCGAGUGAUGCCCUAUGGGAUGGAUGCCUUUAUGUUGGGCAUUGGCAUGCUCGGGUACCCAGGCUUCCAGGCUGCUUCAUAUGCAAGUCGUGGUUACACAGGGCUCGCUCCCGGUUACACCUACCAGUUUCCCGGUCCCUUAUUGUUACCUCCAGCCACUACCCUUCCAUCUUCAGCAGGCCGGGCAGGGCAGUCUGGGGUACAAACCUCACAGUGGCCCCCAUCGAUGCUGCUCCAGGAUUGGCCGACGGGAGCAAUCCCCCUGACUGCAUAUGGACCAAUGGCAGCAGCUGCAGCAGCAGCAGUGGUUCGAGGGACAGGUUCAACCCCAACCCGCACUGGAGGGUUCCUGGGCACCACCAGCCCAGGCCCCAUGGCAGACCUGUAUGGGGCAGCAAACCAGGACUCUGGGGUCAGCAGUUACAUCAGUGCAGCCAGCCCAGCCCCGAGCACUGGAUUCGGCCACAGUCUAGGGGGGCCUUUGAUUGCGACAGCUUUCACAAAUGGUUACCACUAAAGCAGAGGCUCGAAAAUCUGAAAAAGGAAGGCCCAGCCCGUCAGCAAGAGGAGGGGGAAAACAUGGGUUUUGGUGGAGCUCAGGCGACUUUUUAAUAAUUUUACUGCACACACUGACUUACUACCAUAAACUCAACUCCGACCACCCCACCCCAUCAACUGAAGAAAACAUCUCACUCCUUCACUAACAUUUAAAGUUUACGCUUUUGUUUUUCCUGAUUUUUUUUUUUGUUUAAUUUAUUUUAUUUUAUUUUUUUUAGCUUAAUGAUCGACCAGUUUUAAGCAGUGUCUUUUUUGUUGUUGCUUAUUUGAAAGUGUUUAGAUGCGUUAUUUUAAAAUGGGAGUUCUGUGAUUGUAUUAGAAUAUUUUGCUAAGGACAUUUUUCUUCAUUUAUUUGACCAUUUUUUUUGCCAGAUAUUGUUUUUAAUGAGUAAGAGCUAAAGAGGAUAAUGUAAAACACUCCUGAAGAAAAUGGAAUCUUGUCUAAAUACAAUUUAUUUUGAUAUUCUUUGUAAAUGUCAUCUAUUAACACUGAAUUCCAGUUAUCAUGGAACAAAAAAAACAACAUCUGCAGGACAAAAAUGUAUAUUUUGGUAAAAAAAACACUAUGAAUCAUAAAAGUAUUUUUUUCUGAAAUUGGAUAAAACGUUUCUGUAAAAUAUGUAAAUAGAACAAGCUGGAUUUGUAUUUGCCUUCUGCACAAAAGGUUCUUUUUUGAGUACGGUAGUAUUUUUUGAGAAAAGGUGAGGCCUAAGGCCACUACACAGCCUGAGACUUAGCAAUACUGUAGAUGACCUUUGACUUCCCAGGAGAUUCUGUAGUUGACGUCGUAAGGGGCUAAUUUACUGUAGAAUUGUUUUUUUUCUUUGACUUCUCAUUUAAAUGAAGGACAUUGGUAGGAAAUGAAUGGUACCUCAAGAGGUCAUAAAGCUGCUAAACAAAACAAAAAGUAAUAAAAUCCACACACUACAUAUCGAUAAAGGUUGUGUAGGCCAGGUCAGGUCUCCAUUUUUGACCCUAGUUUGAGAUAAGAAUGGUUGUUGCUCUAGCUACCACUGUUUUACCUCAGCUGGUCACUUCACAAAGCUGUCAACUCUCCCAGUUUUUAUCUGUAGUACUUGUAUGUGCAUAGUCUGUUUUUGUUUUUGGUUUUGUUCAUUUUAAACUCUUGUAAAACAGCCUGUACUUCCAUUUAGUAGCAACAGGCUAAGUAAGUCACCGUGCGUAACGUAAUGUGGGAAACGAUGCCUUCUCAGCUGUAGAUACGAGAAGAAGGGAGUUUCCUGAGCAAGGGCAGUAGAGCCAAAUCAAGUCAUACCACUGUUUACUGUGAAGGGCAAACUUGCACGUUGGGGUUGUUGGGAGGGGAAGUGGUGGUAGGACCUUUGGUUAUUCCUUUUUUUGGGUGGGGGGGGGGGGGGGACACUUUACACUACAUUUUAAGUUUUCUAUUAAUCUUCCAGUUCCUCCACCCAUGUCCCCAGCCUCCUUCACGUAGUUGUUUCUGCUGGUGUGUCAGUGUGUGAGGGGGGCUCAGGAGCAGAGGAGGCCAGUGCUGGUUCCCAAGCACUCCCUGGUGGUCAGCAUUAAAUAACAUCAGCAGAAGUUUGCAAGGAACCCCUCACUGUCCAUUCAUCGAAUGGAACACAGCCCUUCAGAACCUGCUGGAGAAGGAGCCCCCCCACCCCCCAGAAGCAGGAGUGAGUAAAGAACAUGUACAUGAACAUCAGAACCUUUUGUUUUGAAAGAUGAGGAAUCAAGUUACCUGAGGAGGCUUCUCCUUGCCUCCCCCUGGGUUUAACGACACGUUUAAUAUAUGACAUAAUCACAGGCAGAAAGAGUCGCAUUGAAUUAUUGUAAAAUACUUUUUUAAUUAAUGUGUUUUAGAGGGAGGAAGAAAAGAAAAAUCAGGAAUUGAUUUUUUUUUUAAAAGAAGAUUAAGGCCAGUUUAGCGCUUACAGUGAAAAGAAAAUAGCAAAACAGAAAACUGUUUAAAAUGAUAAGAUUUUUAGGGCAUUAAAUGCUGCGAUUCUCUGUCGAUUUAUUCCGGGGACAUUUACUUGUCCCUAUGUCAGUGGUUAGGCUGACGUUCUGUGGAGAGUUGUUAGCUUUGCUCUUAAUUUUUAAAAAAAAAACUACUGGAAUUACAAACAAACAUUUGUUUGUGAAAGCAAUAAACGCUAUUUUGUAAAAAUGCAUCUUGGGGAGCAAUUUUUUUUUUUGUUUGUCAUUUCGUUGUUUUUUUGUUCUGUCAGCCGGGCCUCAGUUGGCAGCACCCUCGCCUCAUGGGUCACAAGGUCUGGGUUCAGGUUCCGCUCCAGGGCUUGAACUCUCAACUCAAGGCUGACAUCCCAGCGCAGUACCGAGGGAGUGCUGUUCUGUCAGAGGGUGCCGUCUUUCGGAUGAGACGUUAAAGCAAGGCCCCGUCCACCCCCUCGGGCGGAUGUGUAUGAUCCAUGGCACUAUUUGCAGAAGAGCGGGGAGGAGGGGGUUAUCCCAGGUGCCCUGGCCAAUGUUUAUCCCUCAAUCAACAUCACACACAAAAAAAAACAGAAUGUCUGGCAUUAACCCAUUGUUGUUAGUGGAAACUUACUGUGCACAAGUUACUGCCACAGUUUGUACAUGACAACAGUGACCAUACUCCCAUUAAAAGUACUUCAUUGGCUGUGAAGCACUUUGAGAUGUCCGGUGGAUAUUAAAAGCGCUAUGCGAGCGCAAGUCUUUCUUUUUAAAUGAAAUGGUGUUUGGUGAAUAAUGUCUUGCUCCCCCAGUGCAUUGUACUGCCAGGCAGAGGUUUUUGCUUUUUAAUCCUUUUUACAUUUCUGUCUAUUUUUUUUGCCAGUAAGUUAUUGCAAUCUGAGAAAUGUCAUCUCUGGCUCUGUAACCC